AUGCCUCAAGGUUUAGGAGGUGUUCUGGAGGAGUGGAAAUGUCUGGAAGAAGAGUAUCAGCAACUUCAGGAAACACACAGACUGUACUUACAAAAGCUGCAGGAAAUUUCCAAACUACAAAACAACUGCUCUUCCUCUAUUUCCAGACAGCGUACAAGGCUGAGGGAGGUGUCAGACCUUGUGAAAAAAUGCAGCAAAGGACCAUCUGAUGAAGAUGAAAAGACCUUGGAUGAAAUAAAUAAGAAGAUAAAGACACGACCAAAUGCUUUCUUUGAAAUGGAAGCUUUCCUUCCCAAGAAAAAUGGGUUGUACCUCCGUCUUGUUCUUGGCAACGUGAAUGUCACUCUUCUCAGCAAGCAGGCAAAAUUUGCCUACAAAGACGAAUAUGAAAAGUUCAAGUUGUACCUCACAGUCCUCCUGCUGCUCUUCUCCUUCAUUUGUUAUUUCUUUGUGAGCUACAGAGUUGUUGAUGCACUCCUCAAUUUCCUGCUGGUGUGGUACUAUUGUACAUUAACCAUCAGGGAAAGUAUCCUCAUUACCAAUGGCUCCAGAAUCAAAGGCUGGUGGGUUUUUCAUCACUACGUCUCAGCUUUUCUGUCCGGUGUGAUGCUGACAUGGCCAGAUGGGAACCAGUACAAGAUAUUCAGGAACCAAUUCCUUGCCUACUCUUUGUAUCAAAGUUUUGUUCAGUGUCUGCAGUGCUAUUAUCAGAGCGGAUGUCUGUACAGGCUUCGAGCCCUGGGAGAAAGACACAACAUGGAUCUGACCGUGGAGGGAUUCCAGUCGUGGAUGUGGAAAGGGCUGACGUUUCUGUUGCCGUUCCUGUUUUUCGGUCAUUUCUGGCAGCUCUUCAAUAGCAUCUCUCUCUUCAGAAUGGCUCAGCUUCCAGACUGUAAAGAAUGGCAGGUCUGUGUGUGUGGUCUUUGCUUCCUCAUUCUGUUCAUGGGAAACUUCUUCACCACUGUUGCUGUGGUCCGUCACAAGGUCAAGAGCAGGAAUCAGAAAUCAAAGAGUCUGUAAUACAUACUAUGAUAAUAAAAAAAAAAGUUCACAAAAUAUUGUCUCACAUGCUGCUCUCUAAAUUAAAAGCUC